AUGCAUCAACAGGCGAGACCGCCGCCGAGGCUGUCCGUGUCACCGGCGUCGUCGCCGCAGAUCAACCAAACCAGCCAGACCAGACCCAACACCGCCAGAGAUGCCGCCCAGAGCACCCGCCAACGUGCCGGCUCCAAUGUCUCCGGGAGGGACCCUACAGCGUCGCCGACCGUGGAAAACAACCCAGCCUUGGGCCCUCCGGCUGAUUCCGUCAAGAAGCUGGAUCAAAUCGUCCAGAAUUUCUUCAACAAGGCCGCCGUCUUGAUUCUCGAGUCGAGAAUGAAAGUCCAGCCCAUCCGUAAUGCAAGUGGCCAGAGGAAAACGAAUAAAUGGUUCCAAAUAGAAACGGACGAAAUAGAUGAUUUCAGAGACGAGCUCAAAACGUGGAAGACAUGCGGGAGCAUAGAUCACCGCCCGCCGCCGUUGAUCAUCGAGACAUUCCUGGACACCUCGAGUCUCAAAGAGAGUCAAAGCCUUGUCAUUCUCGAUGAUGACGGCAAGCGCUGGGACGUAAUGGAACAGCUCAACUCAUCCGAGUCAUCAUCUAGUGGCAGCUAUCACACUGCCUCCACGUCGAGGAACGCAGAAGUGGUACUGGAGCGAUGGCAUAUAGAUCUCAAGACGACGCAGACCCUUCUCGCCGAGGAUUUUGGCCCAAUCUUACCCACCAUCUACAAAAAGGCUAUUGUUUUUUUCCGAUCACUUUUCAUCACAACCAAGCUUCUUCCGGCUUGGAAGUUUGCAAGCCAGAGCUCGGCCAAGGCCUCUCAUCCUGCUCUCACCCCUCGAUGUCGAAUCCGCGCUUCAGAACCGGGUAAACUAGCUACGGAUCUGUUGAAGCAUCCCAUCGAUGGCCGACGAGACCCCGUAACCGAGUAUGUAUUUGGCGACCUUGAAGUUCCGGUAGGCCGUUUCAGCACGGCUGUCGUAUAUCGAAACUACUGUGGCUUUCGGAUUGAUGAUUCCGAGUCACUGCUGAGUUCUCGCUUCAUGGGAGCUGAUGAGAAUUUGUUCAAGCCUUCAGUCACACAGAGGACUGACCGAACCCACGGCCGAGUCGCUGAGGUUGGAUCGCUCCAUGACCACCGUCGUCGUACACUGAGUGAUCUCCACCAAACCUAUGGGAGCUUGUCAACCUUCCACGGCGACGGUCCGUUGGGGACAAGUCCUUUAUCAGCACUCAGAUCUGUCAAAGCCCCUGGCUCGGAUACUAGCUCUCCACCAACGUCCCUGCCAGCGGACAUUGGGAGUGAAGUCGCCCCCAGCUCUAUGCCCAUUUCAGGCCGCACUUCCAUCCCUAGGGCAGUUGCCAGUCGACCGGGGGAGAGCUCAAGCAGGAGAACAUCCAUAUCUUUUCAGCCCUUCAAGGCCGGCUCUCUAUCCGGAUCGCCGGUCCCCCGACAACUGGAGCCCGAAUCUCCUUCCUCGACACAUUCACACAGUCGCCCCGUAAACUUUCCGACGAGCUCACAACCUCGGAACAGAAGUUCAUUGACGGCAGGGAUGCCCGCUUCUCUCCGUGGCGGGCCACCCUCGAGCUCUGUUGAAACACCGAUGGCUGGCCCGCCCCGACCGGCGUCCACUGGCCGCUACAGCAGCAGCUUCACACACAGACGAGGGCGUAUGUCCACAGGUCGAGCUGGGGAUGACGAACAAAACAGUAGCGGACGACAGAGCCCAGCGUCUUCGGUCGCUCAGCCUGGAUCUGGCCUGCUGGCAGAAACUGGCGGGGCCAGUUCUGGGUCAUUACAUGCCGAGGAGGAUGCCAUUUCAGACUUCUUGAAGGCUCUGGACAGCCGUAAAAUCCUCAAAAGCUUUGAGCCAACCAAGCGAGGCGAGUUUGCGGCGAACAAAACGGUAGCCCAGCUGUCCAAGUUCCAUUUGAUGAGGGACUCGAACAAUGCUCUGACAGAGUCCAUGACGUCGUCAAUGCAGAUGCAACGAUCGUCGAGCUCAUCAAGCAGACAAUUGACGAGCGUUCCCGGCAUGGUAGCUCCAGCCUCUAUGUCUGUCUCGUCUUCUCCCGGAAAACCCGUGUCUCCCCACACCCCUCACACACCUGCCAUUCCGUCUCGACUGAGCGAGAACUCCAUCAUUGAUUACACUGCCACGGGAAGGAUCACUUCGCGAGGGGGCCGGCGACGGCAAGCAUCUGCUGUCCCGGAGCCGAGCAGAGAAAGCACCAUUACGCAGCAAGGCACAACUGCUAUCGACAUACCAUUGUCGCCUCGCAUUGUGUCGUAUCAGAGACGGUCAAGCUCAGCAGCUCAGCAGACUCGUGCGGCGAUUGAAGAUGACGAGACAGACUUGGCAUUUGCGGGCGCACACCGUAGCAUUAGCCUCGGGGCUGGCGACAGAGAGCCCCCUACCAUGAGUGUAUUGCUAGGUCGCCAGCUGCAAAUGGAGAAUGAGGCGACCGGCGGUGGCGGCAUCACCAGCGGCCUGCGAACGGCUACCAGGAUUCGGCCAUCAGAUGCAUCCACAUCGGAUGUCAUGCAACGUGGCUCUAAUGAGGAUAACUUACCGGAUGGGUUGAUGCCCUCGAGCGUUCAAUCAGAAUCCCCAUUCCCGCGACGUCGGUACGCUGGCAUGGGGGCAGCUUCCAAGGCAACACCAGCGCCGCAAUCCUCGCGCGGGAGUUUUGCCGGGUCGCUCAGCCGACUGGCAAGAGCCGAUGACGAAGUGGUGGGCGAAGAGCCACUUGUAUUUGAUCUAUCAGAGAUGGACGCGCAAGGCAGACGAAGCCUCGAAGAAGGACGCGGAGUAGGCAAUGCAAGCAACGAACGGAGUGCUUUCGAGCCGAGGGGAACAACACGAAGAGGGUGGUAA